GCCGCGGUUCUCCUUCCCUUCUCCGGUCGCAGGGUCGGUGUGGGCGCGAAGCCGUGCUCGCGCGUGCUCCAGGAGCACUCCGAAGCCGCGGAGAGGAGCGGGCUGGAGUCGCCUGUGUGCCGUUUACCGCUCUUCCUCCUCCGGGGCGCUCCGGGAUUUUCCGCGCCGCAGUGUGCGGGCGCGCGUGCAGUCCUGCGUCUGCGUCUGACUGUAACAACCUGGGAGCACCUGGGAGAGUCGCUCGUUGUUAGCGCUGACGCUUUUGUUUUCAUCACUGCCUAACUGGGGGAGUAGAAAAAGUAGAAGAAACUUAGUGCAGUUCAGGAAGUAAGACAAGACUACAAGAAAGUGACUAUUUGCCAAUUUUGUUGUCGCUGCGGAGAAUUCGCAGUCCCCCUCAGUGACGUCCUGAUGACGUGGAAAUACUUACUGCAUGAAAAACUGGACUUACCUGUUGAAAAUAUGCACGUGGUUGACCGUUAUGAGGACGUUAAGAAGACUUACGAAGAUUUCUUGAGAAACAGUAAUAUGCUAGAUCUGAUUGAUGUUUAUAACAAAUGUAGGAUUUUGACUUCUAAUUCUGAAAAUAAAGAUACAAUAGCCCCUAUUCACCUGCGGGACUUUCUGUCGGGCAAACAGUGUGAAGGAGAGGAUGAAGCCACUCUUCCUCCACCGACAUCACCCCAGAAGUACAACCAGGGGGAUGCAAAGGUGAAGCUACUAGCAAAGACAAUUUUCUUUUCAUAUUUAAACCUGCUAGUGAAUUCCAAGAAUGACCUGGCUCUGGCUCAUGUUCUCAAUAUUCCUGACAGAGGACUUGGAAGAGAAGCCUUCACCGAUUUGAAACAUGCUGCUCGAGAGAAACAGAUGUCUAUCUUUUUGAUGGCCACGUCAUUUAUUAGAAGAAUUGAGCUUGGAGGGAAAGGCUACGCACCCUCGCCCUCUGACCCUUUAAGGACACAUGUAAAGGGAUUGUCUAAUUUUAUUAAUUUCAUUGACAAACUACAUGAGAUUCUUGGAGAAAUACCAAACCCAAGCAUUGCAGGGGGUCGGAUACUGUCGGUAAUAAAGAUGCAGCUGAUUAAAGGCCAAAGCAGCGAGGCUGCCUUCUGUAAAGCAGUAGAAGAAGUUGCACAGGAUUUGGAUUUGAGGAUUAAAAAUAUUGUCAAUUCUCAACAGGAGGGCGGAGCUCUUGGCCCCACUGACAUAAGUCCUGCUCGGCCGAAAUCUCAUGCCAUAAACCACGGCACUGCCUACUGCGGCAGAGACACUGUGAAAACCUUUCUGGUUCUUCUGGAUGAAGAAGCAGCCAGUGCGCCGACCAGAAGCAAAGCAGAGCUGUUACACAGCGAUGGGAGCGCAGCCCAGUGUGGCGGGCCGUCUGUCCUCACGCUUUUUAGAUCUCCCAAACAAGUGGAUAAUUCACCGAUGAAACCCCUAAGAGAACGCAUCAGUAAGUCUGUGCAAGAGAAGAAAGUCAAGAUGAAGCAAACCUUAAUCAGAUCCCAGUUUUCUUGUACUUAUAAAGAUGAUUGCAUGAUAAUCAAGGAUAAACGGAAUAAUGUUAACCUGACAUCAAAGCCUUUGUGUGUUCUUCACAUGGAAAACAACCUUUCUGAGGGUGUCGAUUCGUCUGUUGGAAGAUCAACACUUGGAACGCAUUCUGGAAAUGUUCAUCUGGACAGGAGUAAAAACGACAAAGUAUCAAGAAAAUCAAAUAGUCAGACAGGAAAUAAAAGCUCAAAAAGGAAACAGGUGGAUUUGGACGGCGAAUAUAUUCUCCAUGACAAUGGAAAUGAACCACCUCAACAUAAAAAUGUUAAGAUACCUAAAAUGUCAAGUGGUUUGCGAAAGAAGCCAGAUGGCAGACUAGCCAGAGGAGCAAAAGGCAGUAAGUGUGCUGUCAAAACCAAGUUGAUUACCGGCCAGACAAAGUUAACGCAGUUUUUUAUGCUAUGAUUUUGUCAUUGAUGUGCUUUAGACUGA